GUCGGGUGAGCGGAGAUCCCGGGCUCCGGCCUAGGCGGCUGCCCUGCCUCCGGGUGCCACCAUGAAUCACUUCCAGGCCAUCCUGACCCAGGUGCAAAGGCUGCUGUCCAGCCACCUGCCGAGCCAGGUGCGGGCCCUCCUGGACAGCCUGUUGGAGGAGCAGCUUCUCUCCAGGGAGUACCACCGUGCCCUGCUCCACGAGCCCGACGGGGAGGCUCUGGCCAGGAAGAUCUCCUUGACCCUGAUGGAGAAAGGAGACCUGGACCUGGCCCUCCUGGAGUGGGCCUGGAGCGGGCUGCAGGCCCCCGCGGCCAAGAGGAGCCCCGGCCUUAGGGACCAUGGCGGUAGUGCACAGUGUUCUGCCAUGGAGCUGGGGCCUCUAGAAGGCGGGUACCUGGAGCUUCUCAACAGCGAUGCUGACCCCUGGUGCCUCUACCACCUGUAUGACCAGAUGGACCUGAGUUCAGAAGAAGAGAUUGAGCUCUGCUCAGAACCCGACACAGACACCAUCAACUGUGACCAGUUCAGCAGCCUACUGUGUGACAUGGAAGGUGACGAAGAGACCAGGGAGACUUACGCCAAUAUCGCGGAACUGGACCAGUACGUGUUCCAGGACUCCCAGCUGGAGGGGCUCACCAAAGACAUUUUCAAGCACAUAGGAUCAGAUGACCUGUUGGGUGACGGCGUGGAGGUGCCAGCAGAAGUGGGGCAGAAAAGCCAGAAAAGACCCUUCCCAGAGGAGCUUCCUGCAGACCUGAAGCACCCGAGGCUGGCCGAGGCCCCUGCUAUGCCCGUGGUGACUGGCAGUUUCCUGGUGGGCCCAGUGGGCGACUCCUCUGCCCUGCCCUUCCUGCCACCACCUGCUCUGUCCGACCAGGAGCCAGCGUGCGGCCAGACCCUCCCGGAGGAGCCCGCGCAGGUGCCCGCGGUCCCCGCCUGGUCCUCGGCGAGCGGCCUGAACCUCCCUGCCGGACACAUCCAGCUGAUCUCCACCCUCCCCGCCCUGCCCCAGGGGCUCUGGCAAAUCUCAGGGGUUGGGGUGUCCAGUGUCUUCAUCUACCAGGGUGCGAUGCCCCAGGCCGGACAAGCUCCCCCUUCCAGCGGCCCCGCUAUCCACAGCCUCCCCAAGUCCCCAGGCCGGCCCGGCUCCACCAGCCCCUUCGCUCCCUCUGCAGCUGAUCUGCCCAGCAUGCCUGAGCCAGCCCUGACCUCCCACGCAGGCGUGACGGAGAGCGAAAUGUCCCCCACCCAAAGCCAGGCAGGCGAGGUCUCCGACAAGCUUCCCAGGUGGUCUGAGCCGGUGGAGCAGUUCUGUCGCUCGCUGCGGGACAAGUAUGGGGCGGAGCCCGCGGGCCCCGACGGCGUCCUGGUCCAGGUGGACCUCGUGCGGGCCGGGCUGGAGAGGACCAGCAGCAAGAGCCAGGAGUGGGGGCUGGCCACGCCGGACUGGGCGGAGCGGCAGCUGGCCCGGGGGGGCCUGGCCGAGGUGCUGCUGGCGGCCGGGCAGCGCCGGCGGCCGCGGGAGACGCGCGUGGUGGCCGUGCUGGGCAAGGCCGGGCAGGGGAAGAGCUGCUGGGCCCGCGGCGUGGGCCGGGCCUGGGCCCGUGGACAGCUCCCGCAGUACGACUUUGUCUUCCACGUGCCCUGCCACUGCUUGGACCGUCCGGGGGACGCCUACCGCCUGCGGGACCUGCUCUUCUCCCUGGGCCCCCAGCCCCUGGCGGCGGACGACGAGGUCCUCAGCCACAUCUCGAGGAGGCCGGACCGCGUCCUGCUCGUCCUGGACGCCUUCGAGGAGCUCGAGGCCCAGGAGGGCUUCCUGCACGGCGCGGGCGGCCCGGCGCCCACGGAGCCCGGCUCUCUCCGCGGGCUGCUGGCUGGCCUCUUCCAGCGCAAGCUGCUGCGGGGCUGCACCCUGCUCCUCACCGCGCGGCCCCGCGGCCGCCUGGCCCCCAGCCUGAGCAGGGCCGACGCGCUGUUCGAGAUGCCCGGCUUCUCCGCCCAGCAGGCCCGGGACUACGUGUCGUGCUACUUUGAGCGCUCGGGGGCCACCGAGCACGGAGACAGAGCCCUGGCGCUCCUCCGGGACCAGCCGUUCCUCCUCAGUCACAGCCACAGCCCGACCGUGUGCCGGGCAGUGUGCCAGCUCUCGGAGGCCCUGCUGGAGCUGGGGGACGGGGCCCAGCUGCCCGCCACACUCACGGGACUCUACGUGGGCCUGCUGGGCCCGGCAGUGCGCGACGGCCCCCCGGGGGCGCUGGUAGAGCUGGCCAGGCUGGCCUGGGAGCUGGGCCGCAGACACCGGGCUGCCCUGCGGGAGGGCCAGUUCCCCUCCGCGGAGGUGAGGACCUGGGCCCUGGCCAAGGGCUUCGUGCGGCCCGCCCCGGGGCCCGCGGCGGCGGAGCUGGCCUUCUCCAGCUUCCUCCUGCAGUGCUUCCUGGGGGCCGUGUGGCUGGCCCUGAGCAGCGAGGUCAAGAACAAGGAGCUGCCGCAGUACCUGGCGCUGACCCCGAGGAAGAAGAGGCCCUAUGACAACUGGCUGGAGGGCGUCCCGCGCUUCCUGGCCGGGCUGAUCUUCCAGCCGCGCCCGCGCUGCCUGGGCGCCCUGGUCGGGCCGGCGGAGGCCGCAGCGGCGGACCGGAAGCGGAAGGUGCUCACCAGGUACCUGAAGCAGCUGCAGCCGGGGGCGCUGCGGGCCAGGCGGCUGCUGGAGCUGCUGCACUGCGCCCACGAGGCCCAGGAGGCCGGCAUCUGGCAGCACGUGGUGCGGGAGCUGCCCGCCCGCCUGUCCUUCCUGGGCACGCGGCUCACGCCCCCCGACGCGCACGUGCUGGGCCGGGCCUUGCAGGCGGCGGGCCAAGACUUCUCCCUGGACCUGCGCAGCACCGGCAUUGACCCCUCUGGACUGGGGGACCUCGUGGGACUCAGCUGUGUCACCCGCUUCAGGGCUGCCUUGAGCGACACGGUGGGGCUGUGGGAGUCCCUGCGGCAGCGUGGAGAGACCGAGCUACUCCAGGCGGUGGAGGAGAAGUUCACCAUCGAGCCUUUCAAGGCCAAGUCCCCGAAGGAUGUGGAAGACCUGGGCAACCUCGUGCAGACGCAGAGGACGAGAAGUUCCUCAGACGCAGCCGGGGAGCUCCCCGCCGUGCGGGACCUACGGAAACUGGAGUUUGCGUUGGGCCCCACCGCAGGCCCCCAGGCCUUCCCCAAACUGGUGAGGAUCCUGGCGGCCUUCUCCUCCCUCCAGCAUCUGGACCUGGACUCGCUGAGCGAGAACAAGAUUGGGGACGAGGGCGUCGCGCAGCUCUCAGCCACCUUCCCGCAGCUGAAGGCCCUGGAAACCCUCAACCUGUCCCAGAACAGCAUCACCGACGUGGGCGCCUGCAAGCUGGCCGAGGCCCUGCCUUCGCUCGCUGCGUCCCUGCUCAGGCUGAGCUUGUACAACAACUGCAUCUGCGACGCGGGGGCCGAGAGCCUGGCUCGGGCGCUGCCGGACAUGGUGUCCCUCCGCGUGGUGGACGUGCAGUACAACAAGUUCACGGCCGCCGGGGCCCAGCAGCUUGCCGCCAGCCUGCGGAAGUGCCCUCGCGUGGAGACGCUGGCGAUGUGGACACCCACUAUCCCAUUUGGUGUCCAGGAACACCUAAAACAGCUGGACUCACGGAUCAGCCUGAGAUGACCCCAGCUGUGCUCUGGACAAGGCGUCUGGUCCCCUCCUCCGUCCUGGCUCACUGCCCUCUCCGGCUCCUUCCCUGCAGCACAUUCUCUGGAGACACUGACUGUGCUGGACCUUGAACUGGGCACUUGAGGACACAGCUCUUCUCAGGGGUGUACCCCGUGCGUGUCAGUACCCGGCGCCCAGUGCCUGCACGUUCGGGGCUGGCCCUGCCCGCAGCAGAGCAAACCGCGUCUUGCUGACAGACACCGGCCCGGCUCCAGGCCUCCUCGGGGCCCUGACGGGUGCACACUGGUGGCCGCUACGGUCCUCCCGGGAGCCCUGAGCCCGUCCCUGCAGGACACUCUAGACAGCCACGGCCAGUCCAGAGUGAGGAGGUGAGGCAGCCACACGUGGGCCUGCCCACCCCCUGCCAGCCUGCUGAGAAAGCUCUUCGGCCACUGCUCUCGGCCACACGCCCGGACAGGGCACUCUUGGCGCCGUGAACACACGGGCGGGCAACCCCCGGCCGGCUGGUCCCCCAGACCACGGUGGGCUGGGGUGCUGCGGCAGCUGCUUUUGUCUGUGGGACUCGCUGGGCACUCACUUUGUUGUUCGAGGCCAAGGCCAGGCCUGGCCAGCUGCCCUGGGCCUCAGCAGCGAAACAGGUGACGGAACACUACUGGAUGGGGACUGGGACAGACAGGAGCCAACGCUUCGUCUCCUGUGUCUCUUUUCACUACAUUAUAAAUUCUCAUUUAACCUCA